AUGUGGUGGGCAGGAGAUGUGCGCGAUUAUUGGAUGGCACUCACUAUUUUGGAGAUCAUUGCCGUGUUCAUUAAUGUAUACUGUGUGGUUGUGGUGUAUAUGUUUAUGAGGCGACUGGCUGCUACGACAGAUGAAUAUGAAGGAAAAAGUCCACAAGUGAGGUAUAAGGUCAACCGGAAUGGUUACACAAGGAAGGAAUUUGAUGAUUAUCCAUAUGACAUUCGUCGAGCGACUCCAGAAAAGAUUAUGAAAAAUUCUUAUCCUCACCAUACAACUCAGAACACAUCAGUCAUUGCUUCUCACUCCUGUCCGUUGCACCAUCCUCUUGUUUCAAGAUUACUUCUAUUACUGAAAGUGCUCAAUUCAGCUAUGCGUACAACAUAUCCACCGUAUACAACCAGUGAAAUUCCUCAGACUCCGCUACCAAUGCCUCCACGUCGACAUACACCAGUUCCUCCUUAUCCGGUUGAUGAUCGAGAGGCAUGCUAA